GACGUAGUUCCGCUUUGCUGGGCGCGCGGUGGACUGUCUGAAACGUAGAGCUCGGCUUUAGCUGGGGCUUCGCGGCUCGGAGCUCAGCAUGGCUACCUCACGAGGCUCCUCCACGGCAGCCAAAACUAAGGCACCUGAUGACUUAGUUGCUCCUGUUGUGAAGAAACCACACAUCUAUUACGGAAGUUUGGAAGAGAAGGAGAGGGAGCGUCUGGCCAAAGGAGAGUCUGGGAUUUUGGGAAAAGAAGGACUUAAAGCUGGAAUUGAAGCAGGAAAUAUUAACAUAACCUCUGGAGAGGUGUUUGAAAUUGAAGAGCACAUCAGUGAACGACAGGCCGAAGUGUUAGCCGAGUUUGAGAGAAGAAAGCGAGCCCGGCAAAUCAAUGUUUCCACUGAUGACUCAGAGGUCAAGGCUUGCCUUAGAGCCUUGGGGGAGCCCAUCACACUUUUUGGAGAGGGUCCUGCUGAAAGAAGAGAAAGGUUAAGAAAUAUCCUCUCAGUGGUUGGUACUGAUGCCUUAAAAAAGACCAAAAAAGAUGAUGAGAAAUCUAAGAAGUCCAAAGAAGAGUAUCAGCAAACCUGGUACCAUGAAGGACCAAACAGCCUGAAGGUCGCUAGACUAUGGAUUGCUAAUUAUUCACUGCCCAGGGCAAUGAAACGCUUGGAAGAGGCUCGUCUCCAUAAAGAGAUUCCUGAGACAACCAGGACGUCCCAGAUGCAAGAGCUGCAUAAAUCUCUCCGGUCUUUGAAUAAUUUCUGCAGUCAGAUUGGGGAUGAUCGGCCUAUCUCCUACUGCCACUUUAGUCCUAAUUCCAAAAUGCUGGCCACAGCUUGUUGGAGUGGGCUUUGCAAGCUCUGGUCUGUUCCCGAUUGCAACCUCCUUCACACUCUCCGAGGCCAUAACACAAAUGUAGGAGCAAUUGUAUUCCAUCCAAAAUCCACUGUCUCCUUGGACCAGAAAGAUGUCAAUCUGGCCUCUUGUGCUGCUGAUGGUUCUGUGAAGCUUUGGAGCCUUGACAGUGAUGAACCAGUGGCGGAUAUUGAAGGCCAUACAGUGCGUGUGGCCCGUGUAAUGUGGCAUCCAUCGGGGCGUUUCUUGGGCACCACCUGCUAUGACCGCUCAUGGCGCUUAUGGGAUUUGGAGGCUCAAGAGGAGAUCCUGCAUCAGGAAGGCCACAGCAUGGGUGUGUAUGACAUUGCCUUCCAUCAAGAUGGCUCUUUGGCUGGCACUGGGGGACUGGAUGCAUUUGGUCGUGUUUGGGACCUGCGCACAGGACGGUGUAUCAUGUUCUUAGAAGGCCACCUGAAGGAAAUCUAUGGAAUAAAUUUCUCCCCCAAUGGGUACCACAUAGCAACUGGCAGUGGUGACAACACGUGCAAAGUGUGGGACCUUCGGCAGCGGCGUUGUGUCUAUACCAUCCCUGCCCAUCAGAACUUAGUGACUGGUGUCAAGUUUGAGCCUAUCCAUGGGAAUUUCUUGCUCACUGGUGCUUAUGAUAACACCGCCAAGAUCUGGACCCACCCAGGCUGGUCGCCACUGAAGACUCUGGCUGGCCAUGAAGGCAAAGUGAUGGGCCUAGACAUUUCUUCUGAUGGGCAGCUCAUAGCCACUUGCUCGUAUGACAGGACCUUCAAGCUCUGGAUGGCUGAAUAGGCAGGACCAUGGAAAAAGGACUCUAACCUCAAGCUCUUCCCUAAGAGCCAUUUUCAAAAGAAAGGAAUUGAUAUGUUUUGUUCUAUCAUGUUUUUUGCCAAUUACAUUGUAUAGACCCUCAGAAGAAUUGGAUUUCCAUGUCAGCCUCCACUCCAGGUAGGCAGCCCAGUCUCUGGGGUUGAUGAACCCCUUUUGUAGUUGAAAUUUUUAUUUUCAUCUUCAAGCCCUGCUACGGACUGUGUAGACCUUGUUUUUAUUAAUCUUUUGUUUGAAUGCCCUAUUGCCUCCUUCACAGCACUCAGGAUUGUGACUGGCUCCAUUUUUAAUUUUGAAACUUGGCUUUCCAUUACGUGGUAUGUGCCUCAGGACUAUAUGUGACCCACAGAGCAAGCAGCUGCACUAUAGUCUGGAAGCCCUCGAGUAAAGAGGCACUUCUCACCACACACCUGGUUAACCAGUGCCUUGACAGAGUGCAAACCUUUCCUCUGCCUUUAGAACAGGAGAUGAAGAGGUGGACCACAGCUAUGCUCAGGGUUAUGCAGUAAAGAAGAUUUUACCUCUUCCUGUUGAGUUUGCUUGGAAUGCUAACCACAUCAGGAAACUCAGAACUGAACAUUUGCCCUGUCCGAAAAUGUCUUCCAUUUUGCUUUGAAGUUUGGCAUCCUUUGUGUUACCCCAAAGCUAGGCCAUUGUGUCAAGAGGCAAUGAAAUUUCUGGAAAGCAAA